AUGUCCACGGACGAGGAUAGCAUCCAACGCGGUGGCCCUGUGCCCACUCACGCCACUACCACUAUCAGACGCGCCAACUUCGGACACCUGCAUAUGGAUCGUGCAUCGAAGGUAUGGGAGGACCGCUUCCUCGGCAAUCCCACAUCAAGUCACUCCUCUCCACACCGAACAGCUUCUCAGGUUAUUGGGAAGCGACAUAGUUUCGCUGGUCGUCACGUGUCCUCGCAUUUCACCAGUUCUGAAUCCAUACCCACCAAUCUGCCCAAAUCGCGCUCCCAACUCGGCAGCAGCAUGACUAGCAUCAAGGAGCAUCUAUUUGCCAUGAUCGCACCUGAUGACAACAAACUUUGCCUCAAGUUUUUCGGCACCAAACGAGCAGUGCACUUGGAGCAGCAAAGAAUGUUUAACCAGCAUGUGUGGAUCAUACACCCAUAUAGUUGCUUCAAAAUUUACUGGAACAUAACAAUGCUGGUUUUGCUGAUAGCAAACCUCGUCAGUCUGCCUAUAGCGAUUGCCUUCAAUCUGCGCUACCGAAGCCCUGUAUGGCUGUGUUAUAGUUGCUGUUCAGAUGCCCUUUUCCUCGUAGAUAUUGUGGUCAACUUCAGAACAGGUUUUGUGCGUGAAAGCAUGGCAGAUGAUAUCGUUUUGGAGCCGAGAUUAAUUGCACGAGAGUAUCUGCGGAAGUGGUUCACGUUGGAUAUUAUCUCUUCCCUACCACUUGAUUACGUUCUUCUGGCCUUUGACAACGGCACCGAGCAAAUUGCACAAGCUGGCCAGGCACUAAAAAUAUUCAGGCUUGCCAAACUGCUCAGCCUUUUGCGUCUUUUGCGGUUGUCCCGACUUUUGCGAUAUGUUGGUGAGUGGGAAAAGUUCAUGAACAUUGCGGGGAAAUUUAUUGGAAUUCUAAAAUUGAUUCUCUUGAUGCUUCUUCUGGGACACUGGAAUGCUUGCUUGCAAUUUUUUAUCCCAAGUCUAAUGGACUUCCCCAUCGACAGUUGGGUGGCCAAAUGUCGACUCCAGAAUUCAGACUGGUUUGAGCAGUAUACAUGGGCGCUGUUCAAGGCACUCUCGCAUAUGCUCUGCAUCGGCUACGGGCGCUUUCCGCCCAACAGCCUUUGCGAGGCAUGGAUGACAGCGAUCAGUAUGAUGGCUGGCGCCACAUGCUACGCCCUAGUUGUCGGCCACGUCGCAGCUCUCAUCCAGUCCUUCGACGUUUCAAAGCGGCGAUACCGAGACAAAAUGAAACAGGUGGAAGAGUAUAUGUCCUAUAGGAAGUUGCCAAGGGAGCUUCGAAACAAAAUAGUGGACUACUACGAGCACCGGUACAACGGAAAGUUUUUCAAUGAAGUGGAAAUACUCCAGGAAGUUUCCGAGUGCGUCCGAGAUCAAAUUAUCAACUACAACUGUCGUUCGUUAGUAGCCGCGGUGCCUUUCUUCAAAGACGAAGAUGAAAAUUUUGUUGUGGAUGUGCUCAAUCGGCUAAAGUUUGAAGUCUUUCGACCCGAUGAUGUGAUUAUUAAGUAUGGCACAUUCGGUACAAAAAUGUACUUCAUCCGUGAGGGAACCGUCGACAUCGUAAUACCCGAUGGGAGUGUGGUCAACACUCUCACUGAUGGCGCCUACUUCGGAGAGAUUGCGGUUCUCACCAACAUUCGGCGCACUGCAACGAUUCAAGCAAGGACCUACUGUAAUCUUUAUUCGCUGGAACAGCAGGACCUCUUUGAGGUGCUAAGAAACUAUCCUGCAAUAAAAUCAAAGUUAAUGAAUGUAGCCGGUGAGAGAUUGCAAGCGCUCUCAAAGAAGCGUAUCAUUGAGAAUUGUGGCCACCUCUUCAACAAUGAGCCACAGUAG